CGUAGCUCCAGGUAAGGUAUGUCCUGGUGCCAAUACACACUCUACACCGAGAGGGAACCGCAAGUUCAUAACGAUGGCCGGGUCAAUAAACAAGCCAAAAAAGCCCAAGUCCAAGCGGACACCGGUCCGGCUGCGGCACAAGAUCGAAAAGGCGUCGGCCGCGAAGCAGCGCAAGGCGAGGAAGCUGGCCAAGAAAAACCCGGAAUGGCGGAGCAAGCUGAAGAAAGACCCGGGUAUCCCCAACCUGUUUCCCUACAAGGAGAAGCUGUUGCAACAAAUCGAGCAGACCCGUGUCCGGAAACAAGAGGAGCUGCAACGCCGCCGCGAGCUAGCCAAGGCUGCCAACUGGGCCCAGCCCGACAAGAAUGAGGAUGAGGAGCACAUGGACGAGGAUGGAAUUGCCGAUGAGUCUCUGGAGGGAGAGGACAUGGACGACGCCAUGGACGAGGACGCCAGCGACAUUGACGAAUCCAACCCGCUAGCCGCCCUCGUCGCCAGCGCCAGGAAGGCCGCCGAGCAGUACGAAAAGGAGUUGCAGAGCGGCAACGAGAUGGAUGAUGACGAGGACGAUGACGAUAAUAGUGAGGGCGAGGGCGAGGGAGGUGUCAUUGAGGUCCAGGGCGGCGCUUCGUCCCGCAAGGCCUACGACAAAGUGUUCAAACAGGUGGUUGAGCAGGCCGAUGUCAUCCUGUACGUCCUGGACGCGCGCGAUCCCGAAGGCACACGGUCCCGCGAUGUCGAGCGGGCCGUCAUGGCCGCUGCCGGCGGCGGAAAGAGGCUCAUCUUGAUCCUCAACAAGGUCGACCUGAUCCCGCCGCCCGUCCUGCGCGGCUGGCUCGCCCACCUGCGCCGCUACUUCCCUACUCUCCCACUGCGGGCGUCCAACCCGGCACCCAACGCCCACACAUUCAAUCACCGCGACAUCACGGUGCAGAGCACCAGCGCCGCUCUCUUCCGCGCCCUCAAGUCGUACGCCGCCUCGCGCAACCUCAAGCGCGCCAUCUCGGUCGGUGUCAUCGGCUACCCCAACGUCGGCAAGUCGAGUGUCAUCAACGCCCUCCUCUCCCGCCUGGGCGGGAGCACCCGCAGCCAGCGCGCCGCCUGUCCCGCCGGCGCCGAAGCCGGCGUGACGACCUCCAUCCGCGCCGUCAAGAUCGACAACCGCCUCACGCUGCUCGACUCCCCGGGCAUUGUCUUCCCCUCCACCACCGGCUCAUCCUCCUCCACAUCCACCACCACCUUCAUCCCCAAGAACCCGACCGAAGCGCACGCCCACCUGGUCCUGCUCAACGCCGUCCCGCCCAAGCAGAUCGACGACCCCGUCCCGGCCGUGAGCCUGCUCCUCCGGCGACUGUCCGCCACGCCCGACCUGAUGGACCGCAUGGCCAAGGUCUACGACUUGCCGCCGCUGCUGUCCGACCCCCAGAGCGGUGACCCGACCAUGGACUUCUUAAUCCAGGUCGCCCGCAAACGCGGCAGGCUGGGCCGCGGCGGCGUGCCCAACAUUGCCGCCGCCGCCAUGACCGUCGUGACGGACUGGCGGGACGGGAGGAUACAGGGCUGGAUUGAGCCGCCCGUCUUGCCCGUGGCUGGCGUUACUGCUGUGAAGGGGGCGACGACCAAGAUUGCGGAUGAGGAGGUCAUGGCAGAUCAGAAGGAGAUUGUUACCGAGUGGGCCAAGGAGUUCAAGUUGGAGGGGUUGUGGGGAGGUGAUGAAGGGGCGGCGGAUGAGGGGAAUGAGAUGGAGAUGCAAUGAUUAGGUAGCUGCAGCUUCCCGAGAAGGGGCUAUGGUGUUGGGAGACCAGCCUGAUGUCGAAGUGCCCCCAGUCUUACUCGAGGCGUUCUGGCGUCAACAAUGGGGAAUAUCAUAGGGACAGUUGAUAAAUUUGAUUCCAGAUUCGGAUGGUGAACAUACGCGACAGCGUUACUCUGAAUUCAUGUUGUUCCUUCCCAUAUACAAGCACGAUUCGAACAGACACGCCGCUUGUCACACACCGCAUCCACACUAAAUAGGUAUGUCCCAUGUCUGGCAGCUAUCAC